AUGUUCCGCCUCAUCAAAUCCCCACUGCUCGGCUCUACGCUUAGAGUGGCACAGAUACCAACACUCAGCCAAACAAGUCUAUAUCACACAAAGUCUCGACUCCAAAGUACAGUACAGACCGCGGACCGGGUCGAAUAUCAGAAACCAUCUACCGACGAUACGUAUAACAACGGCACAUCUCAAGUGCAGAGAUUGCAACUUCAAUCGAAAAACACAAAGGAAGCCUUUGCGGCGUCGGCAAAGCAGGCCUGUUACGAUGGACUCUUUGACGUGUGGCUCUUGGCAUCGCACUACAACAACCGAUCCUCGUUAAAGAACACCCCUGACGAUUCAGUGAGAGGCUAUGUGGGCGAUUCGACUGUUGGGCUUUCUAAGAACUAUCGUCGUGACUCUUUGGACGGGGGAGAGUAG